UCUGUUACGAGUCCUGGCUCCGCUCUCCGGUGAAUGAGGUUUUUCCCGGAGAGACCACGCUUUCCCCAACGGCUCCGCCUUCCCGCCGGAGCCAAACCCUUCCCAGCGUGCCCGGCGAUUCCGGCGUGCGCAGACCUGGGAGGGCAAGGCCCCAGGGCCUGGCGGAGGGGCGCGAGGAGCAGGCUGGGAAUUGUAGUUCCCGCGCCCACAAGGGCGACUGGAGGCUGGCCGCCGGCCGGACUCAUUGUCCCAGUGUGCCCUGCGCCUCAGCCCGCGCGCUCGCAGCUUCUCGCUCUCUCCGCCCGCCCUCCUGCUCCCUUGCUUGCUCGCGCUUUCCUCGCGGAUCGAAGAGACUCUGCCUACAGCUUGUGGCUGGGAAGGGAGACGGAGGCCGCAGCUCAGGGAAAGUGAAGCUGCAGUAGUGGUGGUAGGAAGAUGUCGGGCGAAGACGAGCAGCAGGAGCAAACUAUCGCCGAGGACCUGGUCGUGACCAAGUAUAAGAUGGGGGGCGACAUCGCCAACCGGGUACUUCGAUCUUUGGUGGAAGCUUCCAGCUCAGGUGUGUCAGUGCUGAGCCUGUGCGAGAAAGGUGAUGCCAUGAUUAUGGAAGAGACAGGGAAAAUCUUCAAGAAAGAAAAGGAAAUGAAGAAAGGUAUUGCCUUUCCUACCAGCAUUUCGGUAAAUAACUGUGUGUGCCACUUCUCUCCUUUGAAGAGUGACCAGGACUAUAUACUCAAGGAAGGUGACUUGGUAAAAAUUGACCUUGGGGUCCAUGUGGAUGGCUUCAUUGCUAAUGUGGCUCACACUUUUGUAAUUGGUGUAGCUCAGGGGACCCACGUAACAGGUCGGAAAGCAGAUGUCAUUAAGGCAGCUCAUCUUUGUGCCGAAGCCGCCUUACGACUGGUCAAGCCUGGAAACCAGAACACACAAGUGACAGAAGCCUGGAACAAAGUUGCUCACUCAUUUAAUUGCACGCCAAUAGAAGGUAUGCUCUCACACCAACUGAAGCAGCAUGUGAUCGAUGGAGAGAAAACCAUUAUCCAGAAUCCUACAGACCAGCAGAAGAAGGACCAUGAAAAGGCUGAAUUUGAGGUACAUGAAGUUUAUGCUGUGGAUGUCCUCGUGAGCUCAGGAGAAGGCAAGGCCAAAGAUGCAGGACAGAGAACCACCAUUUACAAGCGCGACCCCUCUAAACAAUACGGCCUGAAAAUGAAAACUUCACGUGCCUUUUUCAGUGAGGUGGAGAGACGUUUUGAUGCCAUGCCGUUUACUUUAAGAGCAUUUGAAGAUGAGAAGAAGGCUCGAAUGGGUGUGGUAGAGUGUGCCAAACAUGAGUUACUACAACCAUUUAAUGUUCUCUAUGAGAAGGAGGGUGAAUUUGUUGCCCAGUUUAAAUUUACAGUCCUCCUCAUGCCCAAUGGCCCCAUGAGGAUAACCAGUGGUCCCUUUGAGCCUGAACUCUACAAGUCUGAGAUGGAAGUCCAGGAUGCAGAGCUAAAGGCUCUUCUCCAGAGUUCUGCAAGUCGAAAAACCCAGAAAAAGAAGAAAAAGAAGGCCUCCAAGACUGCAGAAAAUGCUACCAGUGGAGAAACACUAGAAGAGAAUGAAGCUGGGGACUGAGGGUCUCACUGUGUAGCUCUGGCUGUCCUGGAACUCACUCUGUAGACCAGGCUGGCCUCAGAGACCCGCCUGCCUCUGCUUCAUGAGUGCUGGAACCAAAGGCGUGCGCCACCACGCCCAGCUUCCUGUUUGAAAUAUUUUGAGUUCCCUCCCAUGAAAGAAAACCCAGGAAGCAGAGGAGUAGACUGAAGAGAAGUGACUUUCAGAAGCUGUGGACUUGAUGACUUUCUGGGGGUUUGUAAAGAAAGGUUACAAGUUGUACCUCUGGCAUGAUGUCCCAGGGAACCAAGGCUCCCAUUAACUGAAGAGGUUUCUGAAAUGACAUGGCAUUAAAAUAAAUUUGGAUUUGCUCAUAAUGUUAA